UAAAAAAAUCUUAUUUAUGGAAGCAACAAAUCUUGAAAAUUAUAGAGCAAGGACUACUAAGGAAGGAGCAGAUGUGGAUGGAUUCGGGUCUAACUUUGCAGCAGUAUGUGGGCUCCAAUGGGGAGAUGAAGGAAAAGGAAAGUUAGUCGACAUCCUCGCUGAGAACUAUGAUAUUUGUGCAAGGUUCAACGGAGGAAAUAAUGCAGGUCACACUGUUAAGGUUGGAGGGGUUAAAUAUGCAUUCCACCUACUUCCAUCAGGAAUUCUCUAUGAUUCCUGUGUGAAUAUUCUUGGAAACGGAGUAGUAGUUGAUGUUUGUGGACUCUUUGAAGAGAUCAAGCAGAUUGAAACCAACAAUAUUGACUACUCUGGAAGACUUUUCCUCUCUUCUAGAGCACAUCUUGUUACUAAGAUGCACAGACUAGCCGACCAACAAUCUGAUGCUAAGAAGGGAGACAAGAAAAUUGGAACUACAGGAAAGGGAAUUGGUCCUGCCUAUGCAACCAGAGCUUUGAGAAUUGGACUCAGACUUGGAGACUUCCUCGAUUGGGAUCUCUUCGCCAAGAAAUACGACACUUUUAUUGAAAGAGCAAGCGAAUUCUUUGGAAUUGAGGAUUAUGAUAAAGAAGAAGAACUUGAGCUUCUCAAGAAACAUAGAGAUACUCUUGUAGAGAACAAGAUGAUCAUCAACACUGAAAGCUAUCUUCACAAAGCUCUAGGAGAUGGAAAGAAGAUCAUGGCUGAGGGAGCUAAUGCUCUGAUGCUUGAUAUUGAUUUUGGAACUUACCCAUUUGUCACCUCCUCCAACCCCUCAAUUGGAUCAAUUUGUACUGGGUUAGGUGUCCCUCCUCAAGCAAUUGAAACUACUGUUGGAGUAGUGAAAGCAUUCACUACAAGAGUAGGAGAGGGAUACUUCCCGACCUAUCUCGAAGAUGAGGUAGGUGUACAUCUCCAAAAGGUCGGUAAAGAGUUUGGAACUACAACUGGAAGACCAAGAAGAUGCGGAUGGCUUGACUUGAAUGUUGUUCAAUAUGCUACUCUUAUCAAUGGAUGCUCUUCUAUAAACCUUACUAAACUUGAUGUUUUAUCAGGACUCAAGGAGAUCAAGGUCUGAGUUGGCUAUAAAAUGGGAGAUAUUGUCCUGACUGGAGAAGUUCCUCCAAACAUUGAAGAUUUUGAAAAUUGUGAAGCCAUUUACGAAACUCUACCAGGAUUUGAAGAAGAUAUUAGUGAGGUGAAGAAGUUUGAAGACCUUCCAGAAGCUGCUCAAGAAUAUGUAAGGUUCGUAGAGAAGUUCCUCAACAUUCCAAUCACCUGGAUUGGAGUUGGAGCAGGAAGAGAUGAUAUCAUCAGGAAGAAAGGGUUCGUCUAAUUAAAGAUCUUAACACUUU